AAGUGUGGAAUAAUUCCUGACCUGUUAAAAAGAAAAGCUUUCUUUUUUGGCGUGUAGACAUUUUUUAAUCUGUUGAAUCGGCUUAUUGGUUGCUGUUGAUAAAUACCUGCUACUGUUACGCUAUCUAGCAUAUUAAGACAUUAUUUCUUACAUUUAAUCAAGUGCUCCUUUUUGAAUUUUAUCUGAAUAAAACACAACUUGUUUCUUUAGCAAAAAUUGAAAAGUAAAGAUAAAGAUUAUUGAAAAAAUGGCUGCUCAGAGUUCGACUGUCGUGAAAGAAGUAGUUUUUCAGAAAAAAUCCGAAACACCAGAGUACAAAGUCAAAAUAAUCUGGUUCAAUGUAAUAUUUUUCAUUUUUCUUCAUGCAGGCUUCCUUUAUGCGCUUUACUUGAGUUUCACGUCAGCCUGUUGGAAAACUUCUCUAUUCGCUUUCAUUUAUGCACAUCUUGGUGGAUUGGGUGUUACAGCAGGAACACACAGACUUUGGUCUCAUAGAUCAUAUAAAGCAAAGUUGCCACUAAGAAUUCUACUCUCCUGUUUUCUUAGUAUUGCGGCCCAACAAGAUAUCUACAAAUGGUGUAGAGAUCAUCGGAUUCAUCACAAAUUCACUGAGACCAAUGCAGAUCCACAUAAUAUCAAGCGUGGUUUCUUCUUUGCUCAUAUAGGAUGGUUGAUGUGUAAAAAGCAUCCGGAUGUAGUAGAGAAAGGAAAAUCUAUUUACCUUGAUGAUUUAUUGGCUGAUCCAGUUGUUAGAUUUCACAGAAGGUUUUAUUUACUUAUGGCUCUCUUUUUUGCUACCAUCUUGCCAACUAUAAUACCUAUGUGGUGUUGGAAUGAAUCUAUGCGGAAUUCAUUCUUUAUCGCUUUUGUGGCGAAACACUGCUACCUUCAGAAUGUGAUUUUUCUGGUGAAUAGCGUUGCCCACUCAUAUGGUGACCAAUCUUAUGAUAAGUACAUUGAAGCCAGAGAAAAUAUUCUUAUUGCUUUCAUGGGUUUGGGAGAAGGCUGGCACAACUACCACCAUGUCUUCCCAUGGGACUAUUCUACAAGCGAAUGGGGCUAUAAAUUAAACUUUACAAAAGCAUUCAUAGAUUUCAUGGCAUGGAUUGGGCAAGCUUAUGAUCGGAGAUCUGCUCAUCCUCAGAUGAUCAAGAAUAGAAAAUUGAAGACUGGAGAUGGCACAAGAAUGGAAAAAGGAGACGAGUGAGAAAAGUAAUUCUUCUGCACUUGAUAGCUCCGAAGAAAUUCUUUUUUUAUUUUCGCUCCAAAACUUACUCAUAGAGUACUAACUCCGACUGUACAAUCUUAACUCCAAAUCAUUAUGUUGUUAUUAAAACGUGUUGGUAGAAGUAAUUAUCUUUUUUUUUAUCCAAAUUAUAAAAUGUCUUCUCAGAAAUUUUGAAAGUUUGGUUGAAGAUGCAUUUUUUAUACUUUCAAUAAAUUUUUUUUUAAAAAAAUUCAAUCCUUCUUUUCUGCAAGUUUGUUUUUAAGCACCGUUCACAUGAUUCCAACUAUUACACGCAAUAGAACGCCAAGCCUACUUCAGGAACACCACGAGAUCAGAAAGGGACAUUGGCAAAUAGUUGUAUCAUCGGGACAACUAUUUACCAUUGUCCAGUUCGGGUCACGUGAAAUUCCUGAAUAGGUGUGACCUUCUACUGCGCGCAAUAGUUGUCCUCGUGUGUACUCUGCUUUAUACUUGGCCACAAUGGUGAGUAAUUUAUUUCCAAGUUAGAGUUUGGUAUCUGAAGUAAUCGCAAUUGGUAGAUCAAGAAGACAUCAAUUUUAAAUAUAUGGUUUCCAAUACUAUGAUUGCAAUCUUUUUUUACAUCAGCCGGAUGUUUUGAAGCAUCUGUUACAUUAAAAUAUUUAGAUUGAUUUUUAAUGCAACUUUUGUGGGAUUAAAAUUUGAAGCAGUCAGACCUCCAUGUAAUUUUUAGCUGUAACCUGAUUAUGGUUCAAAGUUGCACCCUUUUCCGAAAUAGAUUUUUCUUUACUUAAACUAGAAUAAAAUUUAUUUAAAUUGUACUUUGAAUUUAAUAUUCAGGUUCAACUGCCUUCGAGUGUGUUCA